UAAAAUGGUGAAGAAUUUGGUACAAACUUUCUUUACAUUUCUGUACAAAUUACUGAAAUCCCAAGUCGAUCAGUACAGAGAAAACGCAGACCUUAAAAUGGUGAAGCUCGCAUCGGCGCGUGAGGCACGAAUGUACGGGCCGCGGUUGAGCCGGAACCGCGCCGAGUACAUAAACGCCGGGCUGUACGUUUUCGCCAUGGCGGUGCUGCUCGGCGGUUUUGCGGCUGAGAUGUCCAAGGAGCCAACGUCAGGUCUAGUUCUUUUGCUCAUAGGGUUUGCGCUGGUUUUGUUAGUGAAUCUGCAUGAUCUGUUGGCCCAUCUGGCUGGGUUCGAUUACCGGUUGAGAAUGAUGGAGCUGGACUUGCAGCUUGCGUUCGUUGAGUUUGCGGUUCCGGUGGUGCAGGCUUUGGGUUCGCUUCUUUGGUUCUUGGGCAUUCUCUUCCUCUUCAUUCAGGCUGAGAGAGGAUAUGGCUUCUAUAAGCUUGAGAAACAUGCGAUGAAUAUGCUUAUUGCUGGCCCUGUUCUAUGGUUGCUUGGUUCAAUCCACAACUCGUGUCAAAUCUAUGAGAGAUCAGAUGGACACGUCCAGAUCUUGCAACAGAGUGUACAGAUUCCGUUUCUUAUUGCUAGUGUAUUGUUCACAAUAGGCGCGGUUCUUAAUAUCCUUGAACAAGGAGGAGUAGUAUAUCAUGGCCUGGAGCUACUGGGUGGGACUUGGAUAUGGAUGGGAAUAGCUGGCAGCACAUUGCUCCUUGUUGGAGGUUUAGCGAAUGUGGUGAAGGUGUUCAAGAUGCAACAGAUGGAUGACGGUGCCAUCCUAAGGCUCGAGAAAUUGAGGGGAGGGGCACAGGAGCGACUCGUACAUGAAAGGGAAGGUCAAGUUCCUCUUAUUCUAGAAGAUCAAAGGAGGAGAAAAAGACAACUAUCCCAGCAACAACAGGAACCAAGUAUCCAUAUUGCAGCACCACAGCCUACUCCUUAUAAAGAUGUUCUUGUUGGUCAAAGUUAAUUGAUUCGUACUGACUA